AGCUAGAUGGAAAUGGAAAAAGGGCGUCAGCCUGUGAGUAUGCUCCUAUUGGUUGCGUGCUAUCGAAUCAGAUGACGUGUCGGGUUUCCGGCACUGAAGGUUACUGUCGGUCAUUUACCUGAAGAGGAGGCGUCGGCAUCUGAUGAGCUGCUCAUAGCGUGGCUCGAUACAGGCAAGAGCUCGCUCUCCAGAACAAGACACGGGGCUACUGUUUGUGCUGCUAAACCCACCGGCGCUGCUACUUACGUGUGACCCGUUCAUAAGCUGCUCACGGUAGAUUCUUUUGAAUAUUAAAGGUCUUGUCCCAGAACAAAAGAAAUUAUAUCCCUGCAAGUCUUGGCUUCCAAAGAUUAACAAACAGUAGUUGUUACAUUAACAAAGAGAGAUCCCUCCAGUUUGUGCUUUCACUACUGCCUUGAUUAAGCCUCACUCUGCUGUUUUAUACCGAUGCCUUACAGACCCAGAGAAUACUAAGUAAAGGCAACAACAGACCUGCUUUUUUUUUUUGUGGUUGUCGUUUGUAUUUUAACACACAAAUAUGAAGCUUAAUUCUGAAGUGUGCACCUUUUUGUUACUGCCUGUCUAUUUGUUAAUGUUUGUGUACAGCACCCUGACAUUUAUACCAUGGUAUUUUCUUACUAAUGCAAAGAAGAAAAUAGAAAUGGCAAAUCGAGUAAAAGCAAAGCCUGUGUCUGACAAGCCUGGAAGUCCGUACCGAACUGUUAGCCAUUUUGAGACGCUGGCCACCAUAGACAUUCCAGGUGCCGACACACUUGACAAACUAUUUGAACAUGGGGUGACAACAUUUGGAAAGAGAGACUGUUUGGGCACACGAGAAAUUCUAAGUGAAGAAAAUGAGAAGCAAUCAAAUGGGAAAGUGUUUAAGAAGCUGAUUUUGGGAGAAUACAAAUGGCUUAGCUAUGAAGAAGUAAGCAUGAGAGUGCACCAUCUUGGGAGUGGCCUGUCUGCCCUAGGAUUGAAACCAAAGAGCACAAUGGCGAUAUUUUGUGAAACCAGAGCAGAGUGGAUGAUCACUGCACAGGCAUGCUUUAAAUACAAUUUUCCAUUGGUGACGUUGUAUGCGACACUUGGAGAAGAAGCAGUAACAUAUGGCUUAAAUGAAUCCGGAGCCAGUUAUCUCUUUACCAGUGCUGAACUUCUGGAGACCAAGCUGAAGAAUGUUCUUUCACAAAUCACCGGCCUUAAGCAUAUCAUUUAUGUUGGCAAGAAAAACAUAAGCAAAGCAGAAUAUCCUCCCGGCCUAGAGAUCCAUAACAUAGAGGCAGUGGAAGAAUUGGGAUCCAAACCAGAGAACUUGAGCAAACCACCGAGUAGACCGAUACCUUCAGACUUGGCUGUUGUGAUGUAUACCAGUGGUUCAACCGGCAGACCCAAAGGCGUUAUGAUGAUUCACAGCAACCUCAUAGCUGGCAUGGCUGGACAGUGUGAACGGAUACCGGGACUCGGCCCCAGGGAUACCUAUAUUGGCUACUUGCCUUUAGCACAUGUUCUGGAGAUGACUGCAGAGAUAUCCUGUGUUACCUAUGGUUGUAGAAUUGGUUAUUCAUCUCCUUUAACAAUGUCUGAUCAGUCCAGCAAAAUUAAAAAGGGAAGUAAAGGUGACUGUUCUGUCCUGAGGCCAACACUGAUGGCUGCUGUGCCUGAAAUUAUGGAUCGAAUUUAUAAAAAUGUCAUGAGCAAAGUACAGGAAAUGAGUGUAAUUCAACGCACUUUGUUUAAACUCGGGUAUGACUACAAACUGGAGCAGAUAAAGAAAGGAUAUGACGCUCCGCUAUGUAACAUGUUGCUCUUUAAAAAAGUCAAAGCUUUACUAGGCGGUAAUGUACGCAUGAUGCUGUGUGGGGGUGCCCCACUUUCCCCACAAACACAACGGUUUAUGAAUAUUUGUUUCUGCUGUCCUGUUGGCCAGGGUUAUGGAUUAACAGAAACAUGUGGUGCUGGCACUAUUACUGAAGUUUGUGAUUAUAGCACUGGCCGAGUAGGGGCUCCUCUGACCUGCUGUGAAAUGAAGCUACGGGACUGGCAAGAAGGUGGUUAUACAAAUAUGGACAAACCACAUCCAAGGGGGGAGAUAAUUGUCGGAGGGCAAAAUGUUUCGAUGGGGUAUUUUAAAAAUGAAGAAAAGAGCAUGGAAGAUUUCUAUGUUGAUGAAAACGGACAAAGGUGGUUUUGUACAGGCGACAUUGGAGAAUUUCACUCAGAUGGCUGCUUACAAAUAAUUGACCGCAAAAAGGAUCUAGUGAAAUUACAGGCUGGGGAAUAUGUGUCUCUCGGAAAAGUGGAAGCUACGUUGAAGAACUGUCCUCUUAUUGACAACAUCUGUGCUUAUGCCAACAGUUUUCAAUCCUACGUGAUCAGCUUUGUGGUUCCUAAUCAAAAGAAGCUAACAAGUUUAGCUGAGCAGAAAGGUAUCGAUGGAACUUGGGAGGAAAUCUGUAACAAUCCUGAAAUGGAGACUGAAGUAUUAAGGGAGAUUAAGGAGGUUGCCAACUCAUUGAAGUUGGAGAGGUUUGAAAUUCCUAUCAAGGUACGACUGAGUCCGGAUCCCUGGACCCCCGAAACAGGACUGGUAACCGAUGCAUUCAAACUGAAGAGGAAAGAGCUGAAGAACCACUAUAUAACUGAUAUUGAACGCAUGUACGGAGGGAAAUAGGACCAAGGACUUUAAUGAGAGAAUCUCUUGUUCUGGUUUAUCUUUUUGUGGUUGUGUGUGUGGUUUUUUUUUUGUUUUUUUUGUGCAGAGGAAACUUCAUACCAUCUGUGAGGAGCCAUGACCAUGCCUGUGCAUGUUUGUGGAAAUCUACAAACUUGACGGUCUAGUUCUAAGCUUGUUCUUGAUUUUAAAAACACCAACAAGCAAAUCCGAGGGUUGUUUUUUUUUGCCUAUAGUUAUAUGUUUUAUGGAUCUCUAGCAGAAAUCAGGUUAUUCUUUUUAAUGAUAUCCCAUUUAUGGAGUACCUAUUGGUUUGCUUGUUGAUCAUAUCUAAAAGCAACGUCAUGGCUUUGCCAUUUGCUUCCAGCUAGUUGUUUAUUGGUGGAUAAGCCUUGUACUCCUGCAAGGAACAAAGCUUUAACUACUUAAUAUUUUCUGAAAUGUACCUGAGAUUAUAAAAAUUUCAAUUACCUGAUGCUCUGUGUAGAUUGUGGCAACCCUUGAACCGACGCAGGGGGUUGGUGUCCUUGCCAAUUAUACUUAAUGGUCUGUAGCCUUAUUCAUUCUAUAUAUGUAUGGGUUCACACACCCCACCCCUGUAGAACAGAAACGAUUAAAUCUGUUUCCUCUGCUGCAUGAAGGUAUUAACAGCAACAACGAGUCUGUAUUUUCCAGCAGCUCAGGAGACUCAUUGGUCCUGUUUUGUCUGACCCUGAUGAAAUGUUACUAUUAGCUGCAUAUAUUGAUAAGUGGAUCACACACAAAUUGUUUGCUGCUUUUUCGAAAGUAUUCCCAGAGAAUUUUGAUGUAAAAUUCAGGGAUGUUAAGAAAAUAUAUAGAUAUAUGUUUAUUAAUCUAACUAGAAUAGGCCAGUUUAAACCCGAUUUACUUGACCUUCUCUGUUACCCUAUGCAUUUAUUCUGCCCUACUCAGCAUUUAGGUUCUUGGUGAUCUAUUUAAGUACUGAGUCAAGUCUCCCUAGCAAGGCUGGAAGUUUUAAAUGACCCCUUCAUAUUCUGCAACUUCUUCCUCAAUCCAUUGAUCCAUUGUGUAUCAACAGCCUCGCUGAAAGUCUUCCACCUCUUUCUUGAUUGCAAUGCCUCUCAAGCACAGGAUGACAAUACACAACUGAGCUGUAUGCUUUAGGCUUUGCACACAAUAGUAGGCCUGUCAUAUUUAGUAGUACUUCUGAUGCUCUAAUUUAUAAGAAGGUUAAAUACGGUGCUGGUCACAUCAGGGAUUAUUAGGCCAUUAAAUGCCAGUAGGGACUUGUCAAUAUAUGGUGAGCUCAAACUCCCAACAGCCCAUAGUAGUAGAUAUGUGCAUAAAAUAUGGGAGUCCUAUAGCACAAGUGACUCUUUGUACGUGAAAGCUACCAAGUCUCUUCAACUAAUGUAUCAAAGAAGAGAUAAUCGUCCACUUAUAUUUAUAUAUUCGGAUUGUAACGGGUGUGCUUGGAUCGCUAUGUAUGUUUAAAGAAAUCACAUUUGAAACUGGUUAAUAGUGUGUGUUGUUUGCCCUUGAGUUUGUAGCUAUUUAUUUUCUAGAUCUGCCCUGUCCAUAGCUUUUGUUUGUUUCAGAGCAAUUAGCAAUACAGCAUGGGGGGGGGGGUGAAACCCAAAGACUGAAGGUGUGUAAUAAAUAGUUGCUGUUUGUGUAAAGUUAUUUAUUUGCUCCCCAUGAAAGGGAAAUGCGUAAUUCAUAUACAAACGAGUAACUCUCUGAACUAGUGUGCUGCCUUUCUGGGUCAUGGGUGCAAAGACACUUCUCUUAGAGCUCCAGCCGGCUCGAAGGAGCAGGUAAGCACGCCCAUAAGCUCAGAUUGCCCAUCACUGUAUUAGCGGGUUAGAUAUAAAGCAGAGAUACUGUAAAAAAAAAAAAAAAAAGUGGUUUUUUUCAAUCUGACGUACUUUGCACUUUUAAUUAAGAUGACUUGUUAUUGAUGCUGAUUUGUUUGUGCCGUCAGUCGGCCGCUGAACAUGUUCCUUUUUUAAUAUCAAUAUCUUAAACUAUUUAUUAGGAAAGAGAACAAUAUUUUGAAGCAUAUUUAAAACACAUAUAUAUGUAUAUAUGGAGUCUACAGAGAUCUUAUUGUCACUUAAAUAGAGGUUGUUUUUUUUUUUUUUUUGUUCCUUCUGUUUUGUACUUGUUAGAGAAAUAACUGGGUUUAUAUUUUAUAUGCUGUGUUCAUCAUACCACUGUUCUGCUCGGAUAUUGAGGCUGUUUUUCAACAUGCUGCUUGAUCCUAGAAAGUCGGCGCUUCGAUUUGGGUUAGCAAUUUACUAUUACAGACUUGCUGGGGCCUUAUUACUUGCCAGUGCUGAUCUGAAGUAUGAUACCAAGAUGUCCGCUGUGAUUUUAUAAACCUUCCAUUUGAGGUAUUGUAUAGAAAUGACCUACGUGAAUCAAAUGUAUUUGUAUGAAAAACGGCCAGCUAAUCUUCUAUGGCUGGAAAUGCUGCAUAUGUAUGAAUUUAACACUGCCACAGAAGGGACCACAGACUGAUGUGUGUGUUAUUUAUAUUCUUUUACAGUUAUGUAUUUUCUUGAACAUAUCAAGUUUUUCUUUUCUAUCUGGUAAUUUAUUAUACGGUGUUUUUGGCUUUAAUGUCACAAAUGCUAUUUUGUUAAAGUGGUGGUGCGCCUGCUCUUUAGUGUUUGAAGCUUGUCAUUUUUUUUUUGUCUUCACCUUUACAAACUGCCUUUUGUAUGUACAGGUAUUACCGCUCUCGAGCUAGUUUUCUGUUGUGCUCAGGAUUAUUAUCUCUAUUGAAGAUGCAGAUCAGAAACUUGUUAUCUAGGAAGAAAAAUUAAAAUGGUUACAUUUGGAUACAAAGCAAAAAA